UUUUAUUUUUUAUUUUUUUUAUUUUUUGGGUGGGUUGAAGCAAGGACCCGCCCAAGGGAAAGCCAAGGCAAAACCUCUUCACUGGAGAAAUGGGAGUAAAGAACUUCUGGGAUAUCUUAGAAUCGUGCAAGAAAACUCUCCCACUUCACCGUCUUCAGAAUAAGAGGUUAUGCAUCGAUCUCUCAUGUUGGAUAGUUCAGCUUCAAAAUGUAAGCAAAUCUCAUUCUCGUUUGAAUAAUAACAUUUACCUGAGGGGGCUCUUUCACCGCCUUCGAGCUCUCAUUGCCUUAAAUUGCAGCCUUAUUUUCGUUACAGAUGGUUCAAUUCCUGGGAUUAAACUGUCAACAUAUAGACGCCGCUUGAACAAUGGAAGUGAGGUUGCUCAAAAUGAUGCAAAUCCCCAACAAAUAUGCUCACUGAAAAGGAACAAGGGUUCUGAGUUCUCUUUAAUGAUUAAAGAGGCAAAAGCCUUGGGACUGGCGCUUGGCAUCCCUUGUCUAGAUGGGCUUGAGGAAGCUGAAGCACAAUGUGCAUUGCUAAAUUCAGAAUUAUUAUGCGAUGGAUGCUUUACUUCAGAUUCAGAUGCUUUCCUUUUCGGUGCUAGGACAGUAUAUAGGGACAUCUGCCUUGGAGAUAAUGGUCAUGUACUUUGUUAUGAAAUGGAUGACAUCGAAAGACAUUUAGGAUUCGGAAGGAACUCAAUGAUUACGUUGGCUCUACUUCUUGGCAGUGACUACUCGCAAGGCGUUUAUGGCAUGGGACGUGAAUCUUCUUGUCAGAUUGUUAAAGCAGUAGGAGAUAGUGCUGUCCUUCAAAAAAUUGCAUCUGAGGGACUGUCUUUUGCGAAGAAGGGGAAAAAUUCCAAAAAGCAAGGACUUCCUAAGUCUGGGGCUGGGCAGUAUAUGCAUAAAUGUGAUCAGGUUUCAGAAGUAAUUGAUGCCUAUUUGAAACCCAAAUGCCACUCAGCUGAUUCUGAAGAUGUGGCUAGGGUUCUUGUUCAGCACCCAUUUCAACGUAUCAAACUUCAGAAGAUAUGCGCCAAACUUUUUGCGUGGCCUCCUGAGAAAACAGAUGAGUACAUUCUCCCAAAGAUAGCAGAAAGAGAUCUACGGCGAUUCGCGAACAUUCGGUCUAAAACAUCAGAACUUGGUUUCAAUAUUCCACUUCAAGAAGUACCAGUUAAUUGUCCUGUUUCUGGAAUUGUCAAGCACCGAAGAGUCCAGGGCAAUGACUGCUAUGAGGUUUCUUGGAAAAAUGUUGAUGGACUUGAUUCAUCUGUUGUGCCAGCAGAUCUCUUGCAGACUGCCUGUCCCGAGAUGAUUAUAGAAUUUGAGGAGCAAAGAGCUGAAGGAAGAAAACAAAAUAAGCGCACUACUAAAACAAAGAAGACGGAGGCUACUGUUGCUGAAAUUGAUGAAAGACUUUCAAAACUUACUCUGUUGCUUGAAAUCGAAUCUGAAAGCAGGGCAGUUCAUAAUCUCUCCCAUGUUCCCAUAGUUUCAAAGACUUCUACUUCUGCUACUGGUGUUGAACUGAACGAAGAGCUUUUUGUUGACAUUGAACCAAUAAUUGUUGAUCAUGCUCCUAGCAGCAGCACAGAGAGGAUUGAGGUCAUCAAUCUCUUAAGCCCUUCACCUGCAAUGCAAACCCGUAAGGUUUCAAAAUUCAACAGAAAAAAUAGUCAAAAGAUUGAUGUAAUUGAUUUGAGUGAUACAGAAACUGACCAAUCACCUGAACAUGAGAGAAAGGCAAGAGAGUUGAGAUCUUUCUUAGCUACUUUAAAGGGUAAAUGACUUCCACUGGAAGGCCAAUAAUGUACCAUGUCUGUUGCAAUAGAAGUUGCAUAUCUAUAUUGUAAUGAGAGCUUUGCUCACAGAAGGAAUAGGAUUUAGAAUCUGGCUUUUGUAAAUGAAUCAAUUUCACCAUUUUUCUCAA